GAUGAUGUACAGUAUAAAUCUUAAUUUAAAAAAAAAAAACAAAAAAAACAAUUGACCCUUAUGACUGAUUUUGUGGUCCCGGGUCACAAAUGUGAAAAUUAUUUCACAGUCAUAAACUGUACACUGAUAGGUAGCAUUUUCAGAAGUAAAGUGCAACGAAUGAGUGAAGUAAAGUGAACUUAAGUAAAACGAAGUGAGCAAAUUUAUAUGAAGUUACUCAAAUCAAAUCAAAUGUGAAACCAGGUUCACCAUCAUAAAAGCAUAACACUGACAUGAAAAAAAAAAUAAAUACAAAUUUCUGAAUGUAACAUUUAAAAUCUUCUUUUUAAAGAAAGAGGUCACUGAGUUAUUGCAUAUUCUUACAUGAACAAUGAUACAGCAACAUGAAUGAUAUGGUCAGUUAUUUCAUUGUGACAAACCGGGAGAUUCCUGAUCUACAUUAAUAACCUAUUUCAUGAGCUGUCCUCAUUAAAAUAUUUUAAAUGCAGCAUAAUUACAAUGAUAAACUACUUGUCAUAGCCACCAAAAACCUGUUUGAGAGAAGGUUUGGGAAAAUGAGGGUCAUUUCCUGUUUAAAAAAAAGGCUUCAAAAACUGUGCAGACAGCAUCCCUGAACCCAGAUUAACUUGUAAUCUUGCUCAACCAAGCACAAGAUUUGGCCCCGUCUCAAUGAGGAAGUGAAUGCAGCGGGAGGAGCAACGUAUCUAGGUGAGAUGGGCGGUAUCUUCUUACAUAGGUGAGGGUUUUGAUCGGGGGCAGGGCAACUCCAAACAAAUCUCCACAAGACAGAGGCUGCAUAGGUGGAAAAUUUCAAAAGACAGACUCUUGCAGCGUAGAGAGUUUGAAACAGCAUUAGGCAGAUCGGGUAGCAGUAAUUGUUAAGUGAAAGACAAGACGAGGAAGAAAUUACAGAAAAGGAAAAAAGAAGCAUUGUGCAUUAAGAAAAGGAAGGUUGCAGUAAGAGGUGCCUUCUUUUGGCAUAGAAGUGGCUUCUGUGAACUCCACUGGUCAGCCUGCUACGGCCGGCAGAUUGCAGGAACGCGUCGACAGCAGUGAUAAAACCAUGAUGACUAAAGUUCAGGUUCCUGAAGAGAACACCAGACCCUUAAACCCAGCGCAGCAGCAAGCGGCUCGGCCCGGAAAGCACAGAAAACCCAUGACGGCUCCAAAGACUCAGACGGGGAAAAGGCCAAACAAGAAAAAGAUCAUCAUUACAGUCCUGAUGGUGGUGGUCGUACUGGCCAUUGUGGCUGUGGCUGCUUUCUUCAUCAAGCAAUUGAUCGAGAGCAAGUAUUAUUUUUGCUCCAAGUCAGUGAAGUUUAUUCCGCUGGAGAAGGCCUGUGAUGGGAAGGAGGAUUGCAGCGGAGCCGAGGACGAGUCAGCAUGUGUCACGAAGUUUGGAGCCAACUCCACCUUCCCCCUACGGCUGAUGACAACACGUAAUGUGCUGCAGAUAUUCAGGCCUGAAGAGAAUACAUGGAAAAGUGUAUGUGCAGACAGUUUCACCCAACAACAUGCUGAGACUGCAUGCCAACAGCUGGGCUACUCAGUUAAACCCACUUUCAGCACAGUUCAAGUGGGUAUUUUGCCGACUAAUCUGAAGAUGUCUCUCUGUAUGGUGGGCUCAUCUAAACCCCAGACUUUCCAGUCAACUGUCUCAGAUCUCAAAUUAUGCAGUCAGGGAACAGUCGUCACGUUAACAUGCUCAGCAGAGUGUGGGUUGACCAGAAACCAGGACCGGAUUGUAGGCGGACAGGAUGCUGUAAUUGAGAACUGGCCGUGGCAGGUCAGCCUGCAGAGCAUCAGCCAGCACACCUGUGGAGGGUCACUGGUGUCUCCGCACUGGGUUGUGACUGCGGCCCACUGCUUCAACGGGGAGGGUAAGAAGGCUGUGAUCCGAUGGAAGGUAGUCUCUGGAAACACAUACCUGGGCUCUGCUGGAGCUUCUUCUGUGGACAAGAUCAUCGUCCACAAAGAUUACACCUCAGGACGCAAUGACUACGACAUUGCCAUGAUACGACUCCAGUCCCCCAUCACUGUGGGAGAAUCCCGCAGGCCAGUAUGUCUGCCACCUCAAGAUCUUGGCCUCAAAGGAGGAGAUAACGUAGUUGUGACCGGGUGGGGCCAUCUGACAGAAAAAGGAAAUUUGUCUCCAAAGUUACAGAAGGCUCAGAUGCCUCUUAUAGACACAGCCCAGUGCUCAAGUCCCACAGUGUACGGCUCUUCUGUCACUCCCAGGAUGAUCUGUGCAGGUUAUCUGACGGGAGGAGUGGAUGCAUGCCAGGGCGAUAGCGGUGGUCCUUUGGUGUAUUCAUACGGCCGCUGGAUGUUGGUGGGUGUUGUGAGCUGGGGUUUGGGUUGUGCCAGACAAGAUCGUCCUGGUGUUUACACCAAUAUGGACCAGAUGCUCGACUGGGUCCAUUCAGUCAUGAAGGAGUACCAGUGAGUCUGGGAUGGAGAGAAAAACAGUAAAACCCACAGCACAGAUUCACAGAGAUCUUCGGUCUUCAGAAAGAAGAUAUUCAACUGAAGAUAUAUCGAUUCACACAGAUUUGUGGAGGAAUCGCUGUGGGAGUUUUGCUCAGGGUCUUAAAGGUGCCAUGAGAAAGAUUUUGCACACUGAAAUAUAUAAUGUAUGUAUAUAAUGAGAACACAUAUGUUACCUUUUGUGGAUCUACCACUUUUUAGGGACAGCAAUGCAAUCUUAAAGGAACAGUUAGCCCCAAAAAAAUGACAAUUCUGUCAUUAUUUACUCACCCUCAUUGCUCCGAGUCAGUAAGACUAUUUUUCUUCUGUGGAAAACAAAAGAAGAUGUUUUGUAGAAUGUUCAAGCUGCAUGAUUCAUAGAAAAGAGGUUCCAAAUGUGGGUUUUAUCACAUUUAUGCCAUAGAAGAAUUAUUUUUGGUUCCCUAAAGAACCUUUCAGUGAACAGUUCUUAAAAGGACCAUUUUUUAAUUACAUUUUAUAAUUAUUUUAAUAAUAUAAACAGCAUUUUUUUUUUUUUUUUGCAAUGGAAAGAUUAUGAUUAUGAUUAUGAUAGAUUUGUGUCUGGAACACGCUACAAUUUAAAGUUGAUAUCAUUCCAUUUGCAUUUAAUGUAUGGAGAAAAGCAGCUCGGACAUUGUGCUACAUUUCUUCCUUUGAAUGCUGUGAGGAUUAAUAAAAAAAAAAAAAAAAAAUAGAUGAACUGUCCCUUUAAAUCAAAGUGACGUCAAAUGCACUUUGAGACAACAGCCACAAGAGGGUGCUGUUGUUGUUUUUUUCUCUCUCUUUUUAAUAUGUCUAUACUGUUGUGAGGUCUUGACUUAUAUUGGGUGCCAUGUUAUAAUAUUGAAUUAAAGCCAGUGCUCAUUUACUCUGCCAAAAUACCAUGGUGCCUUUGAAACGCUUAACAGAGCUUAACGCUUUCAUACAUAUCAUAUUAAAUAUGUAAUUAUUAAGUUACAGAGGCCAACUCUUUUUAUACAGACUGGGAUUAAGCGCUCAAAAGAAGAGCGACACCUGUAUUUAACUGCUGUUUGUACGUGAACGUCACAUAUUUUCCUUUGUGGGUUAGUAUUCAAUUCUAAAUGAGUCACAUUCAGAUUCAUUUGGCUUUUGAUAUUUGUUCAGAAAACAUAUUUAAGCUGCACACAAAGCUAAGAUACGUCAUUCAACCUGUUUUACUUGUGAAUGUCUUUUAACUUGUUUAACUUAUGAAUGUUGGUUUUUGAUUUAGGGUGGAUUCAGGUAAUUAGGGCUUUGUUGACAGUCAUCUCAGUGUCUAAAAAGUCGCCCUUUUUAUCUGAGUUCACCCUACUUGUGAAAAUAAAGGAUAGUUCUUUGUAAAUAUUGUACAGAUUUGCAUUUGUCAUGUCAAAUUCAUUAUUAUUAUUAAAGUGAAGAGUGGUUAA